GUUGGGGUGGGGGUGAACAAAGUUUAGAAGCAUAUCUAUAGACUAUAUAUAUAUGAAAAUUUUCCCUCUACUUUUGGCAACCCUUUGUGAAUUAAACGAGAGAUAAUCAUAAUCGGAGAUGCCGUGUCUGAGACUGUCAACAAAUGUGAGUUUGGAGGGCGUUGAUACCUCCGCUAUCCUCUCCGAAGCCACUUCCACCAUCGCCGACCUCCUCAGCAAACCCAAAGCCUAUGUGCUGAUCGAGUUGAAGGGAUCCGUGCCGAUGGCUUUUGGAGGUAGCGAGGAGCCAGCGGCGUGUGGUGAGCUGGUGUCCAUCGGAGGAGGUCUGAAUCCAGAUGUAAACAAGAAAGUAAGCGCUGCAGUUGCUGAGAUUCUUAGCUCCAAGCUCUCUGUUCCCAAAUCACGAUUCUUCCUUAAGUUUUACGAAUCAGAGGGAUCUUUCAUCGGAUGGAAUGGAUCGACCUUCUAGUCUGCUAUGUAUCUGUUUCUGGGUUGGUUGGUUGCAUCAAAAUAAAACUUAUUUGAAAUGCCAAAACAUUGAAACCUUAUUAUCCAAGCACUUUCUCUUAAUGUCUCGUAUCGUUGAUGUUUGUCGGAGUUACUUUAUGGGUAGCAGGUAUGUUGCCUCAGCAGCUGUUAUAUGUAUCCAAGCAUUUUCUCUUAUUAUCCUUUAUCCAAGCGCUUUACUCACUAGCAUAACGUAUGCUGUUAUAAAUCCAUGUUAAAAGACGAAUUAAGGUUUGGUUCUUUGGUACCUUAGUACCUUACCCAUGGGAACUUUUUUUUUUAAAUGCAAAGGGAGACGCCAACAAUAACAUUUUCAUCUUUCUCAAAACUUUAAUUGAAGAGUUGUUAAAAAGACAGAAAAACAAUCUCUGAAAUUCUUUUAAUAAAGUUAUAUAACUAUUACUUCAAAUGUCUCACGUAUCAACUUUAUAAUAAGUGUAAAAGACAGAAAAAAACAAUCUGUAAAAAUUUCAAGUUACAAAACUUAAACACAGCUUGUUUUGCUCUUAUCAAAAGGCUAACCAGAAAAGAAGUCCAAUAUAACAAAUGAUUAAAUAUCGGGUGUUAGAAAACACCCAUGAACUCAAAAAAAAAAUGACAAAAUUGCAAAAAUGUUCCGUGAUAUUGUAAAAAUUAGGAUUUUUGAUCCAAAAAAUUUUGAAGUUGUACCCCUUGUCAAAAAUAAGUUUUUUGGUGCGAGUUUGAUCCAUUUAAAAAAAAUACUUAAAUUGACGAAUUUACCCAUUUGUCUUCUCUUUUCCGGCUACUAAUUUUGUCAGCUACUAAGGACGUGUUUGGCAAAACUAGCGGGAAGCGAGUAAUGUUUGAUUUUAAAGCGUUUUGUUGAAAGCUUCUCCAUAUAGCUUUUGAUUUUGAAACGUUUUGUUUAGGCUAAAUGUUAAACGUUCAUAUUAUCGAAUGAAACUUUUUCUUUUUUACGAGCAAUGCUUAAAAGCUACAAGUCAGAAACACCCAAACGUUACAUGCCAAACACGUCAUAAAUUUGUCUUCCCAUUCUUCAUCACAUUAUUGCCCUCCAAUAAACACCACCACUGGUCAACACCUUCACCACCCACCCCACCAUGAUUAUCGCCGGAAAUCGUCGUAAUUCUCAUCGGAAACCAUCACCAACAUCUGAAACCAUGGCGUAGAUCCUGAUCUAUUGGCGGUGAUCUUCAUCACGAUGUGGAGAGACAAAGAAACGUCAAUUUGGUAACCCUAGCGGCACAUUACCGCCGUCAUCUUCAUUAGAAACCCUAGCACCACCAUUAUCUAUUUUCAAGUGAUAUAACCCUAGCGUUACCGUCAUCGGUUUUCAGGCAAAACCACCAAUAUUUAUGGAACUAUGCGGUCAUCGUCUCUUCUUUUCUGCAUCUCCCAUGUCGUGCUUCCCCUUCGACCUUUCCAAUAAUAAGCAUCUUGUCUUGUGCCACAAAGAGCUCGCUAAUGGUGAUAGUUAGGGUUUAAUGUUUUGGUCAUGGUUUCUACGACUGAUUGGGUUUUCCUUAUUAGGCAACUAAAAGAUUCAAAUAACAUUUCUUUCUCAUUUCUUUUGUACAAGUAGUGUAAGGAUAGUUCUGCAAUCCUAAAACCUUCAUCCCCAAAUUCACUCUCCUUUCAAAUUCACUUUGUGAUAACUUUAUCAAUUUUUUUUUUGUGAUAACCUUGGUAGUUAAAGCAACAAGAUAUCUCGAUCUUCUCUUGUC